GGAAGUAAGGCGAGUUUUGGGGCGAGUUUUUUGCAACAUGAGUCUUCUUGUUCUACUUCAGUACAGUGAAAGACUCAAGUCGCCUCAGCACUAGUCCGACUUCCAUCCUCAAACCGGAUUCAAUCUUGGUUUUCCAUCCUAGUGUAAAUCCGCCCUUAGCAUUAUACAAUUUCAUGUCGUGUUCAUUCUUCGACAAAGAUUUUCAAAAAAAAAUGAGUUUUAGGUGGUAUGGCCAUCGUAUUCUGUGCGUAUUGCCCGUUCUAUUGUUCGGCCACCAUCUCUCUACCAUCAGGGAAUCCCCCCUCCUCCUCUCCCUCCAUUCUAUCGUCCGAGUUCAUUGGGCACUUUGAACCAUUCAAAUCUGCCUGCACUGGGCCCUCGGCCGAUAUCGUUGAUUUCACCUUUGAAUUAGGCCCGUCAACUUGGCGACACUGUACGCCUAAAAAACUGCAUAUAUUUUUGUCACGGCAUGGAAGAUAAACCAGAUAGUACCACUUCAACCGGCAGGGAUGUCCAAUGAAAGGCACGUCCGAUAGGUUACGCGUAUUUCCGACAACCUAAAUGUUCGGAGGGACUGUAGACACCCAAUGAAACGUACUUGGUGCACUCGCUCUUCUCAAACCCCGAGUUCUAUUAAGAUGAGAGGUCAGCGUCGAUUUCUCGUCCGGACAGUGCCGACCGACUUGGGUCGGUUUUUUCUUUCUGUCCGUUGAGAAAUCCCUCUUGCCAGAUUUGGGCCAAGUGCCGAAGAAAAAGGAUAUCGAUCUGUGUAGCUUCAAAUACGAAUACAGAGAAAAGUGUAAAUACUCCAAAAUGAAGACCUUCAUUUUCGCAGCCCUUCUAUUGGGUACUGUUCAUUCCCAAAGCCCUGGUCAGUGCCCUCCAGACAAGAAAUGUGUCCCAUUGAAGCUUUGUGAUGAGUUCCAAAGUGUUCGACGAGGAAUUGCCAAUGACAAAAUCAAGGCCAAUUUAUGCGGCUCCUUAACCUCGCGUAUCAAUGUUUGUUGUUCCAAGUCAGAUGAUGGUCCAGGACUGGAAGUUCCUGACGUUAUUGGGGCUGGGGUUCCACAAGGAAUGCUCAAGUUCAACCAAUUGACCUACCAUGAAUUGUCUGGAACAGUGGAAUUCCUCGACGACAAGAGAAUAGUCAUUCGGAACAUGAUCUACGAUGGAUUAGGUCCAGACGCUUUCUUCAUCAUUGGCGUGGGAGAGAGUCGAUCCCCCAAUGUCCAGGACGCGAUUCCCGUUGUUCCAGAUGAUUACGCUGGAGCCCGUCUCCAGUACAAAUAUGAUGACCAGGUUCCUAUUCUACGGGCAUACACUGGCGAGGACGUGACGAUAGCGCUACCUGAUGGGGUCACCACAAAUGAUUUGCGGUGGAUUUCCGUGUACUGUCGGGCAUUUUCUUUGGAUUUUGGACAUGUCAUCCUACCCCCUCCAAGAGAUGUCCCAAAGCGAGCCUACUAGGUUGCGUUGUCACCAUAGUAAUAUUGUUCCGUUGGAAUAUAUUGGGAUAUAUCCUGGUUUACAUUUCAAGAACGAGGCACCUUUUAAUAAAGGCUGAGAAAACACGA